AUGCUUUCAUUCCGCUCCGCUUCAAACCCUAGCACCGGAUUGCAUAACCCACCACCGCUCAACCGUCGCGCUAUCUCCAAAUCUUGGACGUCCAUAGCGGGCUUCUUCAACAAGCUGCGUCCGAGUCAAAGGCCUGAGAGGGGAGGAACUCUUCGAUCGUUUCCUCCCUCAAGCGACUCGCAUCGCUUAGAGGAUCCUGACAGGUUGCCCGUUGUUGAAGAUGCUAGGUAUAAGCAAAGGGAAGAAGAGACAAAGUGUCGGAUAGCUAGUGCUGAAGUGAAAACUGAUGAUGAGAAAAGGAAGAAGAACAUAUCACGGACGCUAGACCAGCAGCCUUCUGGGACCAGCCGGGAUGAAGCUCCCCCUGCGAAAUCGGACAAUGUGACCACCUCCAGAAUGGGCUCUCAAGAGUCUAGAAGCCGAAGAAGCAGCGUCCGGCGGUCGAGCAUCCAGCGAAAGCCCGUCAACGCUCGCUGGCCAGAUGCGAUAUGUGUCCCAAACAGGUCAGGUAGAGUUACCGAUGGCUCUCUGGGCCCCCGUCCUUGGCAACCUAAAAGCCCAAGCCACGAACAUCAAGGCGUGCGAACUCGACGUACAGUAUCGCAAACUCCGGAUGUUAGCAUCUCCUCGCCGAUGUCACCAUCAGAUGCUCCAGCGACCGAACCUUCAUCCAUAGCCUCAGCUCCGGCUGCACCAACCUCCCCAGUCUCCGACCUCUCGUCCCCUUCAGCGCGAGCCUAUCUCGAAGCCAAACGCCAGGCCCGCAGACAGCGGCGAAGUCUCAGGGAGAGCGGCGACUUCCUCGGCGUGACGGGAGUCAAUCCAGAAACAGGAGAGCCCGACAUCAUCACUCCGCCGACAAGCUCGUCCUCUGUAAUCACCACUUCGUCGCUAUCCUCAUCAGACUCCGAGACAGCUGUAGGCACCAGCAAAAAGGAGAAGCCGGUAAGAACUUUAGCGGAGAUGGGCAUGGCCGCAUUAGGCCUGAAGCCCAAAAGCAGGGAAACCCGCUCAGCUGAAAAAGAAGAGCGCCGCUGGCGUCGCGAGCAAGCACGCAUCUUACGAGCCGAAAAACGCAAAGAGGCCAUGCGCGAAGUUCUCCAGGAGCAAGGCAUCAAGUGGCGUCGUGUCAAGGGGGAAUGGUCAUCCAUUCCCGCAGGCGGCACCUCAACACUAACACCCAUCCCGGGGUCUUUACCUGAAUCAAGACGUCCCAGCGGUGGACAGCAACACUCCCGUCGUCAGAGCGCCGCUACAAGACCCACGGAAACUUCUUUUUUAGGCUUGGCGGCGGUGGCGAGGGUGGUCGAGCGCCGCGGUCGUCACCGCCGCCGCCGCCGUUACUUCAGCGAGCAAGAGACGCAGAUGACGACGUUUAUUCAGUAUCAGCAGCGAGAGGGGUUGUCGCCGACGACGACCGAACAAGAAGUCUGGGAAGAGGAAGAGGAGAGGGUGAGCAGGCGGCUCAGCUUGAGAGUACUGUCGCCUCUACAUUGUGUGUGGCCCAGCCUAAGACAGAGGGACAUUCAACGGGCGCAGAUGAUGCAGCGUCAGGACAGCAAGGGGGGAGAAAUAGAACACCAAUGGAUGGCAGGGAAUAUGAGGGAUUGGAGCCUCAUGCCAGAGGGGAACAGCUUGGCUUCGGUUCAGGCGUGUCAGUGGGCGGAGAAUAUGCUGGAAGAUUUGGAGAGGUUGGAGAGGCUGAGCCAGUCAAACGACACCGACACCAUCAUCAGAACAUCCUCACCAACGAUAGAGAAUCUUGGGGACGACCCGGACAGGAUAGACCCAGACCCAGACCCAGACCCAUUUGCCUGCACACCCACCAUCAUCACUACUGGCUUCGAACAACCCAACUCCCCUCCUCCUCCUCCUCCUCCUCCUCCCCAUUAUCCAGCCGAAGACUCCCCUCCCUUCGACGGGAGUCGAGACGGAUCCUUGCCGAGCAGCAGCUCUGCCCUGACUCCAACGAAGGUAAAGACCCGCGCUGUGUCCAUGCCAGCCGACGUAAUGCUAUCUCCGCAGGACCGGGGAGAGAAUUAUUCACACCUGUCCUGGACAGGGGUAUACACCAGAGCCUGUUCGGACUCACGGCCGGGUUUCCUUCAAGACAAGAAACGGAGCGUCUCGCGGAGGCUUGUUACCCAGGAUUUGGAGAGGAUGUUGAAGGAGUUGGAAGUGAUGCAGGUAAAGGAGAGGGCGGGGGAGAAGGAGGAGAGUAUGAUUGUGCAUGGAGGUGGGAGUCGAGUGUGCACCCCGAUCUUAGGAGUAGGACAAGAGGGGAAAGGCACACGACAAAGCGGUGGUAUGUUGUUGAGGGCGAUACCGUGGAGGAAAAGGGGAAAGGGGCAGGAUGGGAGGAGGCAGGAAGAGAAGAAGAAGAAGGAGAAAGGGAAGGUCGAAAAGAAAAAGGCAAAGAAGAGGAAAGCAGACAAAGAAAAGCAGGCUCACCAAACAAAGUCACGACCAGCAGAGAAACUCAAGCCUCAAGCUCCAGAACAACCCAAGGAAUGGGUUAUGCAAAAGACAACCAUGCGCCAGCAACCCCCGCCCAUCUCACGCACAGCUAUUUCCCUGCCAUUCAAGGCCCCAAAGGGCACGUCACCCACAUCCAUAUCUACCUCCCCUCCUCGCCACACGUUCUCUGCCAUGGCGGUACCGUCUGUGGCAGCACAAGUCGAUCGGGGGCUGGCUCGAGACGCCGCGCGCGCAGCGUUUGCGCAGAAGCCGGGCUUGACGCAGGGAGCGGGACAGGAGACACAAGUGAAGGCAGCAGCAGCCAAAACGAAGGAGGAGGAGAAGGCCAAGGAGAAAGACAAGUUUAAGGCGAAAGAAGCUCCGAAAAAGGAGGAGGGGAAACAAAAGGGGGACAACGGUGAGAGAAAGAAAAAUGAGGGAGAGAAAGUAAAAGGGGGCAAAACACUAAACGAAAAGGGAAACAAGGAGCAAGAUGGUGACAAAGGCAGAGAAGAAGAACAAGAACAAGGAGAAGGAGAAGAACAAGAAGAAGAACAAGAAGACAAACCCAAAGACAAGGAACCCAAAAACCAGAAUCAAGCGCAACAGAAACAACAGCAGCAUAAACCAAAAGGAAAAGGCAAACUCCACCCCAAACAAUCGUUUUCCAACCCCCCUCCCGAACCAACUGCAGACCCCCCUGCGACCUUAACCCAAAUCUUCGUCCACUUCACCUAUUCCACACUCCUCUUCCUAGGCCACCUCACUCUACAAACCUACUCCCUCCUCCAACCCGUCUUCGACCCCCAUUCCGACCUACGCAAACGCCUCGACUCCGGACAGGGACACCUCACCUGGUAG